CAAAAUCUUCUUUGUUUUCCAAAAACCCUCCUCCAAAUCCUUCCAAAACAAUCAUUGUUUGAUCCAAAGAAACACCACUCUCAAAUCCCAAGAUGGGUCUCUUUCUUCCACCUCCCAACCCCUUCUCUCUCCUCUUUCUACCGCUCUCUCUCCUCCUCACCAUCACUCCCUCCUCCUCUUCAGACUUGACAACCCUGGUCUACAAAGGCUGUGCAGACCAGAAAUUUCAAGACCCAUCUGGGAUUUACUCUCAAACCCUCAAAACCCUCUUCGACACCCUCAAAUCCCAGUCCUCCACCGCCAAAUUCUACAAAACCACCGCCGGAGAUUCCCAGUCCACCAUUCUCGGCCUCUUCCAGUGCAGAGGCGACCUCUCAAACUCCGAUUGCAACAACUGCGUCUCGAAACUCCCAGAGAUGUCCCAAAAGCUCUGCGGAAACACCAUUGCUGCGAGGAUUCAACUCACUGGGUGUUAUUUAAGGUAUGAGGUUUCUGGGUUUAAGCAGGUUUCUGGGACUGAGUUGCUGUAUAAGGUGUGCGGGUCGACUCAGGCGAGUGGGAUUGGGUUUGGGGAUAGACUGGACACUGCUCUUGGGGAGAUAGAGAAGGGUAUGGAGGGUGGCAGUAGUAAUGGGUUUUACACUGGUAGUUAUGAGUCAGUGUUUGUGUUGGGUCAGUGUGAAGGGAAUUUGGGGAAUGGGGAUUGUGUGGAUUGUGUGAAGAGUGCUGUUGAGAGAGUGAGAAGUGAGUGUGGGAAUUCUAUCUCUGGACAAGUUUAUCUUCAAAAAUGUUAUAUUAGCUACACUUACUACCCAAAUGGUGUGCCCACCCAAUCACUAUCAGGGACAGGGCAAAACCCACAAAAUACACAAAGGACAGUGGCUAUUGUGGUGGGAGGAGUGGCUGGUUUUGGGCUUGGAAUUGCCUUUUUGUUGUUUCUAAAAUCAGCUUUUAAGAAGCGAGAAAACAAGUAUGGAGGAUGAUGAUGAGUUUGGUAAUUUUGUGUGUGUGUGUGUGCGCGCAGGGUGAGACUACUACUAUUAUGUGCUUAGCUGCUAAGUUGGAGGGGUGUAAUGUAAAGGAGAGAAGUUUUGCUUUUUUAACUCUGUUUUGCAUUCAGAUAUUUCUUCUCCACCUAGUUCCUUUUUCAUUACUUUUCUUUCUUUUAAACCAAACAGCCCUAUCUGUCCAAAAAAAUACACAUUUUAGUCAUAGUUGGCCUUUUCUUUUGAAUGUACAUGCACAGAUUGAAAUAUAUAUCUAUAUGUGAAUAGUAGCUCUUAGUUGGCAUUAAA